GUCCUGAGUGGGAGCUCUGAGCCACAGGUUGGGCGCUGGGUUUGUUCUCCACGUCCUCCUCCUCCAACACCAGCGGCUGAACGCAGCACCGGUCAGUGUGAACCCAGGUCAGCGGUCAGAGGCGGAGAUGCCGGCCAAGAAGAAGGCGUCAGCGUCUGGCGCGACGCGGCGGCGGCGCUGGUGGCAGCUGCGGAUGCUGUGGAGCAUGCUGGGAGUGUUCGAGAUCAACCAGGACCACGACUUCUACGACCUGGCCUGCUUCAUCAAGACCGGACUACAGACGGCCCUGACGGACAACCUGGACCCCCCCCCCCUGGAACAACUGACAGCUGAUUGUUUCAAAAAACAGGAAACUCAGGUCCAUGAGGGCUUCCAGAUGCAGACCUUCUCGGGCCCGGUGUUCAGCUCCUUGAGGAGGUCCCUGGGUCUGAGCGAGGAGGAGUAUCGCUCCUCCCUCAGCUCCGACGACUUCUACCUGCAGUUCAUCAGCAACUCCAAGAGCAAGGCUGACUUCUUCAUCACACACGACAAGAGGUUCUUCCUGAAGACCCAGAGCCAUCGAGAAGUGAAGUUCCUCCUGUCCAACCUGCCGCUGUACGUGGACCACCUCAACAGAUACCCCCACUCCCUACUCGUCCGCUUCCUGGGUGUCCAUAAGAUCACCGUCCCAAACCACACCAAGGUAACCAGUGAAACCAAGAAGUACUUCAUCAUCAUGCAGAGUGUGUUCUUCCCUGACGACAGAAUCAGCAGCAGGUACGACAUUAAGGGCUGUGAGCUGGGACGCUGGACGGCGCCGACCCCACAGGGCAGCCCGGUCAUCAGCGUGCUGAAGGACAACAACUUCCAGGGACAGAUCACACUGGGGCCGGAGCGGUCGUGGUUCGAGGAGCAGGUGGAGCUGGACAGCGCGUUCCUGCGGAGCCUCAACGUGUUGGACUACAGCCUCCUGAUUGGCCAGCAGGCUCUGCACCUUGACGAGCUGGACCAGAGGCACUCGCUGGCCACGCUCGUCAACCGGACCACAAAGUCUCUGGAUCUGGACGAGGGCCCCCCCACCCGGCCCCUACUUGAGAGGCAGCGCUCCCUGGAUGAGGAGCAGGACUCGGGGGUUCCCGGUGGUGGGGGGGUCCCCCUGGGGACCCUGCCAGGCGGGGGGGCAGAGGGGGAGUUCCACGCUCGCCACCGCCGGCUGCUGCCGGACUUCCAGAACGCGGUGCACGUGCUGGACGGGCCGCAGCGGCGCUACUUCGUGGGCAUCAUCGACGUGUUCACGCAGUACGGCUGGAGGAAGAGGCUGGAGCACUGGUACAAGGCGCUGCGCUUCCCCGGGCGCAGCUUCAGCACCGUCAGCCCCCACGCCUACUCCCUGAGGCUCUGCCAGUGGGUCCGCAGCCGCACCCAGUGA